AUGCCCAAGAGAGGAAAUAGAAGAACAAGAGGCUCAUCAAGAGGUGGAAGAGGUGGAAGUAGAGGUGGAUCAUCAACAAGAAAAAUAAGAGGAAACAAGGGAAGAUCACCGAAUAAUAAUACAAGAUCAUAUAAUAAUUCCUCAUCAUCACAAUAUCAAGAAUUAUUUGGAGAUGAUUCAAUAUAUAUACCUGGUAAAAGAGGUGAUGGUUCAAUGGCAUCAAUGGCUCAAAAUAUAGGAAGAAGAAAGUAUAGUCAUUUUGAUGAAGAAAUAAAUUAUACAGAAGAUAAUAGAGUUAAUCUAAUGUCAAAAAAGUUUAGAGAUCGACCUAUUGAAUUUAUAAAAGCUAAAGAAGUUUAUGAUCCAAAUAUUGUAUUACAUAAAUUAUCUGAACAAAACAAAACGGAAUUUUUUAGUAAGAACGAAUUUGGUGAUAUUAUUGAUGAAGAUUUUAAAAGUAUUUCAUUAGAUGAUUCUGGAGAAGAAUUAGAGGAAGAAGAAGGUGAAGAUGAUGAGUUUGAAGAUUUUGAAGAGCUUGAAGAAUUUGAAGAAUUUGAAGAAGGUGAAUACGAGGGUGAGGAUUUGGAUAACGAAGUACAUGACUAUGACUCAACUUUCGAGAAUGAGAAUGACAUCAAUAACGAUUCUGAUGAAAUUGAAGUUGAAGUGAUACCGAAGUCUAUGGUUAAAGAAGAAGAAGAAGAAGAAGAAGAAGAAGAGAAAUACAGUUUGGACGAACAAGAAACGAAUAAACCUAAAGCUAAUUUGCGAUUGCUGGAAGAACAAGUCGAUGAGAGUAUGAAAGAAAACAAUAUUGGGUUUAUACGGAAAAACCUUGAGCAGGAGCCUGAAAAUUUGGAAAAGGUUAUGCUGAACGACGAGGUCAAAAUUGAAGAAGAAAUUGAAGAGGCAGCUGAAGUCGCACGAGAAGAAAUUGAAGAGGCAGCUGAGGUCGCACAAAGAGAAGUUGAAACAAGUAUUCAAACAACAGCUGAAGAAAAACCAGUAGCCGAACCUUUAGAAGAGACUCAGGAUAACAACAAAAAAGAUAAUAAUAGUGAUGAGGAAUUCGAAAUUUUCAUUGAUGAUCCAAAAUAUGAAACAAAAUCAAUAAUAGAUAUUCUGACUCAACCAACUACAGUAGACGAAGGUGAAGAAAAUGAGAUUGUGGAGUCAGAUCCAGAAUAUGGAUACCUUGAAGACGAUUAUGAGUUUGAUGUAUCCAAGAUUGAAGUAAAUAAUGUAAGAUUUGGUAUCCAGAAUCAAUACCACGUAAAAUGUUUCGAUUUGACUGGAUUUGAAGAUGAAUUUUGUUGGGUUGAUGAAGAUGAUGUUAUACAAUUUGUUUUAUUCAAGGGUGUAAAAGAAAAAAGAUUAGGCAAAUUCUUAUCAUAUAUCACAAAGGGAAUGAUAGACCAAGAGGAGCCGGAGGAACCAGAAGAUGAUGUAUAUAUUUCAGAUAGUUCACUGGAAGAAGAAGAUAGUGAAGUUGAAUUUGACAAGCAUCAAGAUGAUUAUCCUUAUGAUUCAGAUGAACAACCAGAUGAUGAUAAUUUGGAAGAUCUUAUAGCGUAUUCAAAAAUAAGUAGUCAAGGAUUAGUAUCGAUGUUAGAUCACGAUUUUUCCCAAAAUAUACCGGCCAAAAAGAGAUCAAAGUUUGAUUCAUUAGAUAUUGAUCCAGAUAUGCAGGAAAUUUUGACUAGACAAUUAAACAACUACAACAGGAACAAAAAACUUAAAAAACAUGAUAAAAAGCAACAAGAUUUGGAAGAAGCGAUACUAAAAAACGAUAUGCUUAUUAAAUACCCAGUCAAAAUAACAAUAAAAGAAGUAAAUAAAGAAUUCGAUUCACUUUUAAAAGAUGAAUCAAGAACAACUUUAAGUUUUCCCACACUUGAUUCUCAUGCACAUAAAAUUAUAACCAAAAUGGCUCAAUGUUAUAAUAUGAAAGUAGAUAAAUGUGGACGUAAAAACAUUCGUCACUACUUAAAGAUCUCCAAAACCAAAACAACAUAUAAAUAUUUCCCAAAUUAUGAUAAAAUUCAAAUACUUUUACGAGGAAGACCAUUUUUCAAUAGAAUAGAUAUAAAUAAACCUAAAAAGGAGAAAAUCACCAAGAGUGGUGGUGGUAAUGAUUCUAAAGCGAAAUUUAAAGAAGGUGAUAUUGUUGGUGCAGAAGCUCCUGAAAUUGAUACCACCAACUUGGGUAGACAAAUGUUGGAGAAAUUAGGAUGGAGUGCUGGUCAAGGUUUAGGUGUUGGUAAUUCGGGGAUUAAUGAACCUAUUGUUGCUAAAGUUAAAAUGUCCAAAACUGGUAUUCGUUAA